UUGUUUUUUGUACUCUGGAAUUUGAUCAGCAUGAUUUGGUUUGAUCGUCGAAUACACAUGAUAAGUGAUAACAUUGAUUAUUUUAUAGAGAAGAUAGUAAAACUAUUAUAUAAAGGGAAUACAAGAUAACUAAGCUUUAGAAGCCGAAAUUUUAUAAAUCAAUUUGUGAAAAUAAAUAAAAGUGAAUAUUUUUAUAGCGUAGAUCACCUAGUGUUCCGGCUUGCGUACUAAAAAUGUGUAUUAUAUUUAUUUACAACGCCUUUGAUGAUCAAGAAAGUGACUAUAGUUUAAUAAUAGCGACUAACCGAGAUGAAUAUUAUGAUCGCCCUUCAAUAAAUAUGUCUUCGUGGAAAGAAUAUCCACAUGUAUAUGGAGGGAGAGAUAUGGAAGCAGAAUGUCAAGGCACCUGGUUAGCAUAUUCAUCAUUGCAAAAUAAACUUGGAGUGUUACUCAAUUUGCCUGGUGUUAAAAAAGUAAAUGCAAAAAGUAGAGGUAAAAUAGUAGCAGACUAUGUUAUAAAUAAUUCAACAAUCGAUUCUUAUAUACAAACUAUACAAAAUUAUGUUCAUGACUGCAAUGAGUUUAUAUUAGUAGCAAUAGAGAUUAGGAAUAAUGAGCCCUUGAUUCAAACCUACAACAAUGCUACAAAUAAACUGGAGAAAUACAAUGAAGCUUGUGUAGGCUUUUCAAAUAGCCUCCCAAACAAUCCUUUGAAAAAGGUAGAAGAGGGAAAGAAAAAGAUGAAAGAUAUAUGUGAAGAUCAUAAGAAACUCGAAAAUAAGGCAAUGUUGAUUGAAAAACUAAUUGACCUAUUGAAAUGGGAAGAGAGGCAUCUUCCUGAUCAAGUGCUACAAAACAGAAAGCCAAAUGACUAUCACUGGUUCAGUUCAGUCUUUGUAACUAUUCCUCCUGUGCGCUAUGGUACCAGAACCCACACUCUGUUGCUGGUAACGAAGAGUGGACAAGUGGAUCUUAUAGAAAUAUAUUUACAAUCUCCGAUUGACCUUUCAAAGCCUGAAUGGAAAAGAUCCGAUUUUCAAUUUAAUAUAAAACCUAAUGUAUAAUUUAAAAGGAUGAUAAAAUAAAACAAACAUGAUUUAUGUA